UUUGCCGGCUCUUCUCCGGCUGGAUCGGAACAGAGCAUCUCUCGUCCGUGCCCACCGCUGGCCGCCCCCGACCCCUCCAUAUCUAGGCGCUGCCCCGUUCCCCCCUCCCUCCUUCUGCAGCGCAGGUUCGACGACGAUGGAGGUUGAGGCGGGAAGGAAGAAGCGCGCGGCGGUGGUUGUGCUGGGGGACAUCGGGCGCAGCCCACGCAUGCAGUACCACUCCCUCUCCCUCGCCAACCAGGCUGGUAUGGAAGUGGACAUUGUUGCAAACGGAGGAAGUGAUCCCCAUCUAUCAUUAAGAGAGAAUCCAUCAAUUCACAUCCACGAGAUGAAAUCAGUGCAGUUACCAGGAAUUUCAAAGAUAUCUGGUGCCCUAGCUUUGCUACUUAAAGCUGCCAUCCAGUUUAUCAUGCUUGUUUGGUUCCUUUGCUUUAAGAUUCCGUGCCCUGAUGUCUUCAUCGUUCAGAAUCCACCCUCCGUUCCAACAUUGGCUGCUGUAAAACUUGUAAGCUGGAUAAGAGGUGCUAAAUUUAUUGUGGAUUGGCAUAACUUUGGAUAUACGUUGCUUGGAUUGUCUCAUGGCAGAAGUCAUAUAGUUGUCAAAAUCUAUUUCUGGUUUGAGAAGCACUUUGGGCAGAUGGCUGAUGGUGCCUUUUGUGUUACGAAAGCAAUGCAGCAUGAGCUUGCUCAGAAUUGGGGAAUCAAAGCAACAGUCCUUUACGAUCAUUCACCUGAAUUUUUCCAUCCUGCUUCCUUGGCAGAGAAACAUGAAUUGUUCAGCAGGUUGGGUAAUACCAUUUGUAGUGCUAUGGGCAGUGCUGAUUGCAUCUCUGUUGAAAAAGAAGGUGAUGACAAGAACACUACUGUACUUACUAGUAAUAUUGAUGGUGAAAUUUUGUUGAAGCCUAAUAGGCCCGCACUUGUUGUGAGCAGCACAAGCUGGACUCCUGAUGAAGAUUUCAGCAUACUUCUGGAAGCAGCACUGAUGUAUGAUAGACGUGUUGCUGCAACGUUAGGUGAAGAGGAUUCAAUGGAUGAGGGGCAACUUUGGAUUGACAUCAAGAAUGGGAAGCAAUUUUCUUACCCAAGAUUGCUUUUCAUUAUUACAGGUAAAGGACCUGACAGGAAGAAAUAUGAGGAGCAAGUAAAAAGGUUGAAGUUGAGACGUGUUGCCUUCCGGACUAUGUGGCUUGCAUCAGAGGACUAUCCUCUACUGCUAGGAUCGGCUGAUCUAGGCGUAUCAUUGCAUACAUCCUCGUCAGGGCUUGACCUACCUAUGAAGGUUGUUGAUAUGUUUGGAUGUGGAUUGCCAGUUUGUGCUGCUUCAUUUUCCUGCAUCGAGGAGCUUGUAAAAGUAAACAUAAAUGGACUUCUCUUCUCAACGUCUUCAGAGCUUGCAGAUGAACUUAUGAUGCUCUUUAAGGGGUUUCCUGAGGAAUGUGACACCUUGAAAUCCCUCAAGGAUGGUGCCUUGAGUACAGGGUCAUCUUCCAAAUGGUCAACAGAAUGGGAAACAUAUGCACUUCCUUUGGUGAACCAGGUCAUAGGCUGAAAGACAUGAUAAUAUUGAUCGGAUGGCAAAAUGAUGGUUUUACAGCUGGACUCAACUUGUGCUAAUCCUGGAGUUUAUAAUUGUAUUAUUGUACAAUUGUGAGACCAGAUGUACAUCUAUAGGUUGAGGAGAGAGCAUGUGCAUAUUUCAGUUUGCUUGCAACCAGCUGCUGCUAGGAUCAGUUGCUGCCAAGGGUAUUGGUGUUAGUCUUGGUAGACCUCACCAAUGCCCUCGGGGCCUCUACACAAUCAACUAGAGAAGUGAAAAACUACCCGGAACACUGUAUUUCGGUAAACUGACAACAUUUUACAAAUAGACAUGUACAUGUACCAAACAAAAUUGUAUCAGGAGGCUGUUCCCCUC